AUGGAGCUCAUAUAUGGAACUGUUCGAUAUUCCAUACCAGAGGAAAUGCGAAAAGGUGCGUUUGUGGGGAAUUUAUCACGAGAUUUGGGGUUAGACGUUAAAAGGCUGAAAUCAGGAAACGCUCGUAUUGUGACGACAGACCCUGUUCAUUAUACAGAGCUGGAUACAGAAAAGGGAAUCCUAGUCGUUAAUGAAAGGAUUGAUAGAGAAGGAUUAUGCAGGUUAACGUCACCCUGCACCAUUAGUUUUGAGAUUAUUCUGGAGAAUCCAUUGGAGCUGCAUCGUGUAAAUGUUGAAAUUGUUGAUAUUAACGACAACUCGCCGUCUUUUCCGAAAAAAGAAAUUCAUUUACAGGUUAGUGAAUUGGCAUUAUCGGGUGCGCGUUUUCUUCUGGAAAACGCAGCGGACCCCGAUGUCGGAAUUAAUUCACUACAAAGCUACACACUGAGUCCUAAUGACAAUUUCGUUUUAAAGCAACACUCACGCGCAGACGGCAGUAAAUAUGUAGAGAUGGUGUUACAGACACCAGUAGAUCGAGAAAAGCAAGAUGAGAUUAAUUUGGAAUUGACUGCAUUUGAUGGGGGCAAACCUCAAAAAUCGGGUACGGUUAAAAUUAUUGUCAUUGUUCUCGAUGCUAACGACAACCCCCCUAUAUUUAGUGAAAGAGUGUACCGAGCCUCGGUACAGGAAAAUGCUCUAAAAGGUACCCAAGUCACGACUGUACACGCGUCAGAUACUGACGUGGGUGUGAAUGGAGAGGUUACUUACUCCAUUACGCACGUCACAGGCUCUUCGGGCGAUCUCUUUCAUCUAGAUUCCCAAACGGGAAAAAUUAUAGUUUGGGGAGAGAUAGAUUAUGAAAACACUCGCUUACUUGAGAUAGAUAUAGAAGCUAAAGAUUAUGGUGGUCUAACUGACUCGUGCAAAGUUAUCGUGGAAGUGACCGACGUUAAUGACAAUGUGCCGGUAAUUACGGUAAUGUCGCUGUCAAACUCUGUCUCCGAAGAUGCCGUACCGGGGACCUCAAUUGGUAUUAUUAACGUUAAAGACUUUGAUUCGGGGAAAAACGGCGAAGUACAAUGUUUCAUCAAUCCAGGGCUUCCUUUUAAAAUACAGUCUUCGUUAACAAAUUAUUUCACCUUGUUAACCGGCGACAAUUUGGACAGAGAAAGCGUUUCAAAGUAUAAUAUAACUAUAACAGCUAAGGAUGCUGGUUUACCAUCUCUGUCAGCUAGCAUAGCCAUCACUUUGGAGAUUUCUGAUGUCAACGAUAACUCGCCUAUUUUCGAGAAACAAUCCUAUAGCGCCAGCUUGAUGGAAAACAAUACCCCAGGAAUGUCCAUCAUCUCAAUCCUUGCCAAAGACGCUGACUGGGAGAGGAAUGCACGCAUUACCUAUAGACUUGGCGAAAGUUCAGCAAGCUCGUACGUCUCCAUUAACUCGGACACAGGAGUGGUGUAUGCAGUCCAGUCCUUUGAUUAUGAGCAGAUGAAAGACUUUGAGUUCAGUGUGGUGGCGCAAGACGCCGGCUUGUCGCCCCGUAGUAGCCAAGUGACGGUAAAGCUUAUUGUACAAGAUGAAAAUGACAACAGUCCCCAGAUUCUUUAUCCAAAAGAAAACGAAGGACGUACUAUGGCUGAAAUGAUUUCACGACAGGCAGAUGUGGGCUAUCUUGUCACUAAAAUAGUAGCAGUCGAUGCUGAUUCUGGAUCAAAUGCGUGGCUCUCAUAUAAACUGUUAAAAGCCACAGACAGAACCAUUUUUGCGGUGGAUUUGAAUAAUGGUGAAAUAAGAACUGCGAGACAAAUAUUGGAAAGUGAUCACAUGAAACAUAAACUUUCAGUUGUAGUGCAGGACAAUGGAGAGCCAUCGCGUUCGGCCAUCGUUAAUAUAAAUGUAGCAGUUGCAGAUAGUUUCAAUGAGCUGAAUUCUGCCUUUAACGAUACUUUGCAGGACAAGGACAACGAGAACAUAACAUUUUAUCUCAUAAUAGCAUUGGUCGCAGUUUGCAGUAUUUUUCUGAUUACAAUCAUAGGAUUCGUAGUGUUUAAAUUUUGCAGACAUGGAUAUUUCCCUUCUUUUUUGGAAUCAUCGAAACCAAACGUUCAUUGCACUCCCCGGUCUUUCUAUCCUCCGCGCUAUGCAGAUGUGGGGGCAACUGGAACUCUGCAGCACGUCUAUAACUACGAGGUGUGUCUAACCACGGAUUCAAGAGCAAGUGACUUUAAAUAUGUCAGACCCUGCAGUCAAAACACUUUACGUCUUCACUCUGCUGCAACAGAAACAUUACGGCACGGCGAAAAAGAAAUCCUUCAGAACGAAAGCAUGGGCACAAGCAGUGAGGUGAGUCAUAAUGUUUCAACUGGAGGUGGCUGA